AUGAGUGGCCCAUAUUUCCAUUCAGAGAGCUGGGUAGGAAAGUUCGCACCCGACCCUAUCAAACCGGCACAAGGGGCUUCUGCCUCUAUAUCGGGAGACACUAAAGUGAGCACCGCCAGGGAAUCAAGAACUCCAGUCGUAGCCCCUUCUCAAGCUUCUCCCCAAGCUCCUCCUCCAUCCAGCUCCCCAGUUACCAGUCCAACCUAUUCACCAGAUUCCGGUCCGGGGGGCACACCAACACCCCCAGGGACUCCUCCAACUCCUGCUCCCGUCAGUUCUCCAGGACACAAUCCUGGGGGCCCACCGCCACCUCCUGUGUGCAAUGGAGGAGGUUCUUCUCCGGGCGGUCCUCCUCCUGAUGCUCGGCCUCCAGCUAGUCAUCCAGAACCUCCCCCGGCUCCCAUCGAAUACAACGAUCCAACCCUCGCUUGUAUCCAAACCGUCCAGCACUGCACUGACAGACUCCCCGGGGAUCGCGAGAUAAUCAAAACUAUCGAAGCAUUGAGCUCUAACAUUGCGAAAUUAGAGAAGAGAUGCGAAGAAAUAAUUGAGAGGAUUAGAAGCCGGUAAGUUGAUGGGAUUUCUUUUGCACUCUUUUUCUCCCCUUUCUAAAGGGAGCCGAGCUAAGUAUGGGAGCUCUCUAGUGACCAUAAUGACUACGCAAGGGUCACAAAUGGUGGAGUCAAGGACCAUACCACCUCACUUGUACCGUUGUAUGAUUUGGAGAAUAGUAUUCCGGCAUCAUUUCCGAAAGUGGUGGGAGAUAUUAGGAGGUUGAACAGUAUGUGCCCUUUUCCGUUCCCUGAAAGAUAGUAGGAGAGUUUCGAAUUGACCCAGGGUCCUAUCCCUAGCGACCGGCCUGAAUACUCUUCUUUCCUUGUACGGAAUACCGAUCGAUGGAACGAUCGCUAUGAAGAAGAAGAAGCUUGCUUUGUUUGUCGGGCUGACUUUCGAUAUCGAUGUUUAGUGUGGGGUUGUUUAUGAGUUCUGAAUGUUGUCAGUUGCCUGGGGAGCAAGUGCUUUGGGCUGGUUACUAAUCUGGUACAAAUCGGGCUAAAUAGUAAAUGGUGGGAGAGGCCCGCGGGUGGAGGCAUGAAAAGUUUUUUAUUCCUUGUAGUAGGACUAGUGUUUUUUGGUUAGUUGGCUUUCAUCACUGUGAUAGGAGCUCCUCGCGGAGCUGAGGUUAUUGGGUGAGGAAUGGUUUUCAUGUCUGCAUAGUUAUGUAUGAUAGCCUCAGGUUUCUUCACAUUAUAUUUUACCUGCAUUUUAGAGUGGCUAAGCCCUGGGAUUCUCUUCCCUUUUUCUUUGCUUUCACCUCUCUUGGGCGUACUAGGUUUCCUUUCCCCUUCCUGCAGUGGGUCCUUUCCUACUUGUUUGUUUCCUCCCCCAGAAAGACCUGCGGGCUGGCCAUUGACAUUAUUAGCGUAGUAUUUGGUCUGACGGGAUAAAUCCUUUUGGAAUGUAAUCGGGGAUUGUAUUUUGCCCGAGCCGCUUUCUUGGGAGCGGAUGAGCUAUUAUACCCGGGAGGGUUGAUCUCAGUAUGAUAAGGAUGUCUAGGGCUUUGAUUUGUAGGGUUUUUGGAAGCGUUUGUUAAAAGUACUAUAUACCACCACGCACCAUCAUACCAAAAUUGGGCCAUUUUUCUCGAUCCGGGCUGUACGCGAGAGGUUCAUUCUAGAGACC